AUGGAUGAGAACUUUCAAGAAGAACGGUUUACAGGAAUUAUUAAAUUUACACCUCCUUUAUACAAACAACGCUACCAGUUCAUUAAAGAUUUAGUGGGGAAAUACAAACCUAAGAAGGUGGCAGAUUUAGGUUGUGCUGACUGUACUCUUCUCUGGAUGCUGAAAUUCUGCAGUUGCGUUGAAGUGUUAGCUGGGCUAGAUAUCUGUGCAAGUGUAAUGAAAGAGAAAAUGCAUAGGUUGUCUCCUCUUCCUGGUGAUUAUUUGCAACCGGCUGAAAGGUCCCUAACUGUUACCUUGCAUCAUGGUUCAGUUGCCCAUAAAGAUCCUUGCAUGCUUGGUUUUGACUUGGUAACAUGUAUUGAACUAAUAGAGCAUCUGGAACAAUCAGAACUAAAGAAGUUUCCUGAAGUGGUGUUUGGUUUCAUGUCUCCAAGUAUAGUUGUGAUCAGUACUCCAAAUUCUGAAUUUAACCCUUUGCUUCCAGGAGUGAUGUUGUUCAGGCAUCCAGACCACAAAUUUGAAUGGAAUAGAGCGCAAUUUCAAAGCUGGGCUCUAGAGACUGCUAGACACUAUGAUUAUUCAGUGGAAUUUACUGGUGUAGGACACCCACCAACAGGAAUGGAGAAUGUUGGGUUUUGUACCCAAAUAGGCGUGUUUGUUAGAAAAUAUCCUCAAGCCAGUGAAUCCGCUCAGUCUGAGAAACCCACUAAAGCAGCUUACAAAACAGUCUUCAAAGCGGUGUAUCCAAGUCUUAAAGACAAGAAGUACUUGCAGAAUGCAGUAGUCAGUGAAGUUAUUUUCACAGCACAAAUCAUUAAGCAAAGUCUGAUGGACCGUUUAAUGUCAGAACAUGAAGAGUAUAAUGAUGAUCCUACUGAGAGGAAAUCCAAAUUCCAACCUUCGAUGAACUGUUUUUCAGAAGAUCUUGGAAAACUGGUCGUUGUAAAAAACAUGGAACCAUUUGUCAAUGGAAAUGUGAUUUAUAUACCUCUUAAAACAAUCUUUUCUUUUCCCAAAGUGAAUCGACUUUGUGGUACCUUUGAGAAGUUAAGCGAGCUUAUUGCUGGCAAGGUCACACUGAGCAGUGAUGGUUCUGCUGUGAUGUUCAACACUGAACAUGAAAAUGAAGAGAAUUAGAUCACAGAUUCCUCAUACAAAGUUCAGUUAAAGUAAUUGAGGUAUUUUUUAGAGGCUGUCAAAUGGAGUAUUCUGUAUGUUAACUAGAACCACAAAAUCUUUUCUAAACCUUCCAGCAUUUGUCCAUCAGCACCUCUCUCGUUUAGUGGAGAUGAAUGCUUCUGACAAAGGUUGCAGUAACUCGUAGAGUAUCAGGGGCUAAAAGGAAAGAAUUAAUUCCUGUGAAGAAAAAAUUUAAGUAUUUCUGUUUGUUUUCUAUUACCAUAUUGUAGCUAUCAUGACUAGAUUCUUUUUGGUAAUCUUUUGUUAGCUCUAAGGAUAGUAGACGGUAACACAGAACUAUGGCGUUGUGCUGAGUAAUACGAGGCAGAUGUAGGUUUAGGGCAAGUUUUUUCUUAAGGGAAUAAAAUUUAUGAUGCCUUUUUCAAGAUGAGCACAAACUCAGCUUUUGUGAAAACUAAAUACUGUUCCAGAUAAAUUGAAAUAUGCCACAGACACUUAUGGGUCAGUAAAUUC